CCAGUGGUAUAUGAAAACUUACCAAGUGUGUUUGUUUCGUACAUUUUCUUUUCAAGAUUUACUUGUAAAAUUGGUUUCGUGAUAUUAACCACACGUGUGGGUAAACAAGUGUGCUUUCAAAAUGUGCUAUCAGAAUCAGAUGUUCGUUUCGUGUGUUCUAUGUUGCUUGCUUCAACUUUUCACGGUUACGUAUGGAUUUGAUUUGAAUCAAUUAGAAACGAAAACUGUUAAUCAUCGAAUUAAAAGAGACGGUGGAAUUAUUGCAUUUCGUCCAUUGUUCGUUUACAGACAACAGCAAAAAGAAAAACAAGCCAAAUGGAAGUUAGAAGAAGAGCAGAAACUUCAGAAACAACUUCAGCAAUAUCUUCUGGCACAGAAUCAUCAAAAUUCAAUUGUCGAUUAUUAUUCUAAGUAUCCAGUGAACGCAGGAAAAGUGGAUACAUACAGGCCAACGUAUCCAUAUCCAGCAUAUCCCAGUUAUCAGCCUAUUUCAACUUACCAAAGCAAUGCAGCCAAUCAGCAAAACGCAUACGGAAAUUAUCCUACAGUCAGUGGUUCAUAUUUAACUAACGGAGGCUUUUAUGCCAAUCAACAAGACUCUCUAUACAAUAAUUAUGACGAUUUUACAUACUCCAAAUAACAAUGACAAUCUGCCUGUUUAGGCGAAAAAAGUGAGUGAUUCUUUUUGACAAAGCUUUCGGGAGCUUCAAGCUCCUUUUUGAAUUUGAAUGGAAACGUUGGACUUUCUAGUACAGUUUCAAAAGUCUCUAAACUCGGAAAAACGACUCAAAGCUAAGAGAAAAGAAAUGACGGUUGUAUAAGCCUAACACGGCAGAAUUGGACAUUGUUUUAUUAUUUCAUCAUAUAAUAUUAUAGGGCAUCUGAUGGUCCUUUUAAUGGGUGAGAUAAAAUCUAAUAAAACUAUUUUUAGUGUUUAUAUAAUUAAGAUUAUAAAA